UCUGUUCGAAAAAAAUUCAAACACUCAUCGCAUGCAAAAAAAUUCUAGUAAGUAUAUAGUUAAACGUACUUUACAUUUUAGAGAUCAUCGUUAAUCAGACAACCAAAAUUUCCCCUCUUUCUCUCUCCUCCAAGUAAUUCUGUUCCUUCCCUCUCUUGGUUUCGUAAACUCCCUCCAUUGACAUCUACCAGUGAGCUCACAUCAGCCUACUAUUACACAAUAUCUCUCGCAGAUCGUCGAUUUUCGAAUUCAUCUAAUAAACGGCUAUACUUUCUCACUCUUUCACUGGAUCUGAGCUGUCUACGUUUUCAUCCAUUAUCUAAUCCCUAAUUUAUUGUAAAAAGUUAACCCUAGUUUAUCGAGUGGAAAUAAGUUAGGGUUUCCGGUAUCGGAGAUUGAUUCAGGGAUUGUUGUUGAUGUGCUGAUAAAUUUGAGCUUUGUCGAAGUUGAAUAUCCGAGAAUUAGGGUUUAAGUGUAGAAAUUGGGGCUGAAAUUGAUGGUGGAAGCUGAAGAAGGAGAAAAUGCAACGGUAUUAUGCAUGGGGAGGAAGGUGGCGAGAAUAGGAAAUUGAGUCGGCAUAUGUGGUCAGUCCCUUCGACGACGUCGACGAAUGUAGCAGGUGUUAAUGGUUCUAAUUGUUCUUCAUCAUCUUCUUUUUUUAAGGAUGGUCGCAAGAUCAGUGUUGGUGACUCUGCUCUUUUCAAGCCCGCCCAAGACUCUCCACCUUUUGUAGGUUUAAUUCGUUGUUGGACAUCUGAAAAAGAAAGUAACCUAAAGCUCCGUGUGAAUUGGCUUUAUCGACCAUCUGAAGUUAAACUUCCGAAAGGCGCUGCACUUGAAGCUGCGCCAAACGAAGUUUUCUACUCAUUCCACAGUGAUGAGAUUCCUGCUGCAUCAUUACUUCACCCGUGUAAAGUUGCAUUUUUGCCUAGAGGUGUUGAACUUCCCACUGGGGUUUUUUCAUUUGUGUGUCGGCGAGUUUAUGAUAUUACGAACAAGUGUCUGUGGUGGCUGACUGAUCAGGAUUAUAUUAAUGAACGGCAGGAAGAAGUAGAUCGACUAUUGCAUAAAACACAUAUAGAAAUGCGUGCAUCAUCAGAAGAGCAGCAAGGUGCCCGGUCUCCGAAACUGGUGAAUGGUUCAGCAGCAACUUCACCUUUGAAACAUAGUCCGGACAGUGUACAGACUAGCAGCUCUAACUUCUCUUCUCAUAGAAAGGGAAAAAAGAGAGAACGAGGUGACCAGUCUUCUAACUCCAUCAAACGAGAGCGGUCUACGAGACCUGAUGAUCGGGACUCUGAUCAGUUGAGAUCAGAUAUCAUGUUGAACGUAGAAAUUUCUAAAUUCAUGGAGAAAGGAGGCCUUGUGGAUUCAGAAGCUGUAGGGAGGCUAGUUCGACUUAUGCAGCCUGAGAAAUCUGAGAAAAAAGCAGACUUGACUGGGCGAUCCAUGCUAGCUAGUAUUAUAGCUGCAACGGAUAAACAUGAUUGCCUUAACCAGUUUGUUCAACUUAGAGGUUUACAUGUAUUAAAUGAAUGGCUGCAGGAAAUUCGCAAGGGUAAAAUUGGUGAUUCAGGAAAUGUAAAAAGUAGUGAUAAAUCUGUGGAUGAUUUCCUCUUGGUGUUACUUCGUGCACUUGAUAAGCUCCCUGUGAAUCUUAAUGCAUUACAGAUGUGUAACAUCGGCAAAUCUGUUAAUCAUUUACGUUCUCACAAGAACUCUGAAAUCCAGAAGAAAGCAAGGAGUUUGGUUGACACAUGGAAGAAACGUGUUGAGGCUGAAAUGAACAUCCAUGACACAAAAUCUGGUUCGAGUCAAGCUGUUCCUUGGCCAGGCAGAUCUCAGCAUGACAGUUCUCAUGGUGGGAAACACCCCAGUGAAUCUGAAGCAGCCAUUAGAAGUUCCGUGACGCAUCACACUUCUUUAAAAACUGCUUCAUUGAAACCCGUGUCAGGGGAUCUUAAUUCCAAACCUGCAUCUGCUCAUCCUGGUGGUGCAAGAUCAACAUUGUCACCUAGUUCAACAAUUGAUAACAACAAGGAUGGACACUCUAGGAUAAAAGCUAAUGGUGCAAGUUCUGAGUCUCAGGCAGUGGCUAGGGAUGAUAAAAGCAGUAGUUCUAGCCAGUCCCACACAAACAGUCAAUGCUCUAGUGACCAGGCUAAAAAUUUGGCUCCAUCUGGAAGGGAAGACACUAAGAGUUCUACUGCUGGGUCUAGGACUAAGAAUAAAACUGUAAGCAGUAAUUCAAAGCACUGUAAAGCAGCUAACGGUCCUUCUUCUGGUGAUCACAGAGAAACUGCAACAAAUAGAAGCUCAUCAAUGCCCAGAAAUUCAGCUGUAGAAAAGGUAUCUGAUAAUGCAAUAGAUGCUUCUGUUCAAGAAAGCAACAAUCAUAAGCUUAUUGUCAAGAUUUCUAACCGAGUUCGGGGUCCUGUACAAAGCAUUACUGGAGGCUGUAUGGAAGAUAUUUCCUGCGGAAACAGCGGGGCUUCUUCUCCCGCUCUUUCAGGGAAGCACGACGUGACCGAUGUUUCUGUGAGGGGUAACAAACAUGACUCUCACAAAUUUCCUGAGGUUGAUGGAUCUUCAACUUCUGUACACCAAAGAACGAUUGAUUCUAGGAGAUUACCUAGUGUUUCAAAUAUUGCUUGCUCACCUUCCAGAAAUGAGAUCAAGUCUAGCAAAGUGCAUGAUUCUUCUUUCAGCUCCAUGAAUGCUUUAAUCGAAAGCUGUGCCAAGUUCUCAGAAGAUAAUGCGUUUGUGUCAGCUGGAGACGAUGUUGGGAUGAAUUUGCUUGCUAGUGUAGCUGCUAGAGAAAUCUCAAAGUCUGGUAUUGUUUCACCCGCUCUCUCUCCGCAAAGAAACUCCAAAAUGGCUGUAAACUCCAGUAGCAACCAUGUUGGAAAUCAAAAGCAGCCAUGUCUUGAAGAUGUCCUCCAACAAGGUCAAUCAACUAAUGUUGUUGGCACUGACAAUCAUCUUGAUGUUGCAGGUGUUCCAAAAGUUGAAGGGGAAAGUAGUGAAUUGUGUGGUAUGUCUAAGUAUUUACACCAUAGUGUCAAAGGGUGUUUGAAGAGUAAUGGGACAUUGGACGAAAAAAUAGGCACAGCUUCUCCAACUGUGUCCGCCGCAAGCACAACAGGAAGGAGUGUAGGUGAUAUUGGUACUGGAAAUAUCAACGGAAGAGCUAUAAUUGCCAAGAAAGAGAGUCAAAAUGAGCUCCCAGUUGCAAGUCAGGGGAUUGUUAAUUCCUUGGAAGCUGAAGAUAAGAUUAAGGAUUCCUCUCUUGAUAAUGAGUUUGAGAAAGAAGCUUACAGUGAUUCCGCUUUGCGCCCAGCUAAUAAUGAUGAUGAUGUCAAAAGUAAUGUUAGUCAAGGGCUUCAAAGCAAUAUCACAUUGGAGCAAAAUUCACUUGCUGUAGCAAUGCAAUCGGAUUCUAUAACUACAAAUGAGAAGCCAGUGAUGGUUUGUUCUGGUAAAAGUCAGCAUUUGGCUGCUGUAAAUGCAGCUAAAAUUAAAUCUGAAAAUACUGAGGAUGUUGCUCUCCUUGAUCUUGCUAGUCAGGCAGGCAAUAUGAUAUCAAAUAAAGAGUGUGAUCCUUCUGCUAUUCUCGAUAAACAAGGUGAACCUGUUGUUUGUUGUGCUGAUGUAGAUCCGGACAGAAGCUGCAAAGAUGAAAACUCAGAAAACACAGAAGCUCCUGCACAGCGUUUUGGCAAUUCGGCUUCACAAGUAAGCUCUUCUGCUGUUGCUUUGCCGGAAAGAGAAUUACAUUCAACGGCAAAAUCAACAAAGUCAACAACUGCUGUGGAAGAAAAGAGUAAAGAGAAAAGUGGAUCUAUCACAGAAAAUGUUGAUCUGCCAUCUGCUUCAGGGUGUCCGAAUGUAGAAAAGCUCGGAUUUGACUUGAAUGAAGGCUUUAGUGUAGAUGAGGGGAAGGAUGGGGAGCCUUUGAACUUCGCUGGUGGUCCAUGCCCAGAAAUCGCUUGUUCACUCAGUCCUUUGCAAAUCCCUGUUUCCUCUGCUUCAUGUGGUCUUCCUGCAUCAAUUACUGUGGCUUCUGCAGCUAAAGGGCCAUUUGUUCCAGCUGAGGACUUGCGGUGGAAUAAACAGGAACUUGGAUGGAAAGGAUCUGCUGCUACAAGUGCAUUUCGUCCAGCUGAGCCCAGAAAAGUUAUGGAGGUGCCUCUGGGUCCCAACAAAGCCCCUUUUCCUGAUACCCCUGCUUGCAGACCAGCUCGGUCUCCUUUGGAUAUUGACCUUAAUGUGGCAGAUGAAGAUUUUGGUCAGGAGUUCAUUGUUAGGAAUAAUCCUCCAUGCGACAAUACGAAUACAGCAUCACUGCAUAGCUCACGAGGACUUGAUCUUGAUCUGAAUAAAGUUGAUGAAGCUCCAGACUUGUCUCACAUGGGACGAUACAUGACUAGCAACAUUCAGAGAUGCGAAAUUCCAACUCAGUAUGUCAAACAAUCAACAUCAAAUCUUUUCUCUAAUGGUGCAACAAGUGGUAAGAGGGAUUUUGAUUUGAACGAUGGGCCUGCAACAGAGGAGAUACCUGUCGAGCAACUGUUAUCUAGUCAACAAAACCGUGGAAACUUUCCUUUCCAACCACUGUUGGGACCUAGAAUUAAUAACUCUGACACAGGGAAUUGCUAUUCUUGGUAUCCUCCAGGAACCAGCUACUCAGUAAGUGUGACACCAUCAGCUUUACCUGAUAGAGAAGCUUUUUCGAAUGUCGGGAUAGGUGGUGGUCCUCAGCGUGUUAUGGGUGGUCCAACCUCAGCCUUAUCGUUUAAUCCUGAUGCCUAUAGAGGAUCAUUGUUAUCAUCUUCUCCUGCUUUGCCUUUCCAUCAAUCCCCUUUCCAGUAUCCAGUCUUGCCAUUUGGGACUGGUUUUCCUCUCCCUACAUCUGCCUUGGCUGGUGGGUCAUCUGGAUUCAUGGACCCAACUGCUGGUGGGAGGAUUUCUGCUAUCCCUUCACAGUUGGUUGGAAAUGCAGCAGCAGUGUCAUUCCAGUAUCCUCAAGCAUAUGUUGUUUCUCGCUCUAUUGCAGACGUUGGCAAUAAUAGUGUAGUUGAAAGUAAUCAUAGAUGGGGAAAGCAAGGUCUAGAUCUCAAUUCCGGCCCAGGCGUUCCGGAUGUGGAGGGUAGAGAUGAGUCACUGCCAAUUGUAUCCAGGCAGGUUUCCACCACCAGUUCACAGUCCCUUGCGGGGGAGCAAGCGAGGAUGUAUAGCAUGGGAGGCCAUAUGAAAAGGAAAGAACCUGAUGGAGAAUGGAAUCUAGAUAAGCAUAACUUCAAGCAAUCGUCUUGGCGAUAGAAUUAAAUGGUGCUACCAUAUAGUGAGCCGUGAAAAUUGGAAGUUGGUUUAGCUAUCUGCAGCACCGAAUAUUAAGUGAGCAAUUCACGUGUAUGUGAACAUAUUAUAACCAAAGGGCUUUAUGUUUUGGCAAAUGAGGUUGUCAAAUGUCAAAUCCUCGAAGUCUGGCACCAUGCCAAUGGUUGUCAAAUCUAUGAUGGUCAGGCGUCAGCAAUAGAGACUAUGGAUGGAUGUCGGAUAUUGAGUUUGUAGAAGAUGGACCCAAACUAACUUCCAAGAAGUCAUCAGCUAGCUCUCUUCAUAAAAGUAUGGGUGGUAAGUGAGUAAACCGAUGUGUUCAUAAGUCUCCGACCCCCAUCUCCUGCUGUAUCAUUUCAAUUUACUUAGAAUAGAAAAGAAAUGUUGGGGGUUCUGCUAUUCAUGCUGUGAAUCUAUCUUUGGGUCCGCUAUUGGUUAGUAUUUCUUCUGUAGAUAGUUGGAACUAUUGAGUAAAAUGCCUGUUAUUCAAAGCCUCAAUAGCUUUGAUAGUUGAUACCAUUCGUUCCUUUUCAACCUCCCAGCAAUGGAUAUUGAAGCUGUUUGCUGUUCGAAGCAGAAGUGUUUUUAUGCUCGUUCUUGUUCAUUUAUCCAUUCUUUCCCUGGUACCGUCCAUAUUAAUUACAUUUGAUUUAUCUUUCUACCUCAAAAAUCUUCUCCCACCGCUAUUGAUAGUCACAGGUUUUCAAGAAUUUUGUGUGCCAAUUCGUCUUCAGAAACAUGUAAUUUGAUCCAUGCCAUUAAAACGGAACUUCUGAUUGUAUAUUACUGUGGUGGGUAUUUACAGUCAAUUCUGCUGCAUGCCCUAAUUUCUGGUCU